UGGGGGUGCAGAGUGUUUCUGUGACCUGAGGGUUGGAGUCUACAAGGAAAUAGUGCCAAUGGGAGUGGACCCUGAUGCCCUCUCCUACAGUCUUGCAGGGAAACAACAUGUGUGUCUUGUGUACUCAAUUGGAACCUGAAGAAUUCCACAAAGAAGUGGAGGCUCUUUUGUCAAAAGGUGACUCUUGCAAUGAUACAAUACUGCUGGACUGCCAGAACUUCUACGAGAGUAGAAUUGGCCAGUUCAGCCAAUGUUUGGCCCCUAACAUCCGAAAAUUCAGUUACUUCCCCGAUUACGUUGACCAGAACCUUGACCUCUUUCGAGACAAGAAAGUCCUUAUGUACUGUACCGGUGGCAUUCGCUGUGAACGUGGCUCAGCCUAUCUCCGCUCAAAACAUGUGUGUAAAGAAGUUUAUCAGCUGAAAGGUGGCAUUCAUAAGUACCUGGAACAAUUCCCUGAGGGCUUCUAUCGCGGCAAACUGUUUAUGUUUGACGAGCGCUUUGCAAUCUCCUCCAACAGUGACAUCAUCUUAGAGUGUAGGUACUGCAAUUCUCCGUGGGACCAGUACCAGCUAUGCUCCACACACUUCUGCUGCCAGCUGGUCCUUUCCUGCUCUGCCUGCAGACAGGGCGGCCACACAGCCUGCUGCCCCAUCUGCCAGACCAAGGGCAAGGGAGAAGAGCCCUCCGCCACACCUCCACAGAGAGAGGAGUGCGAGUGCACAGCCAUGCGGCCCAGGAUCCCCCAGGAUGCAUUGUGACGUGACAUCACCAGUUUAAAAAAAGUUCAACAGAGCUAAGCAGAGACCUUACCUGGAGCUUAACCCAUUCAUUUAUUUUAAAUGAACAAUCCUUAUUCAAUAGACUCAAAUGUGAUUGUGGUGACAAUCAGCUUCUGCCUAUUUUAAUUAAAGUAAUCCUCAACAGAUCUGUUAUUUU